GAAAGCAAAACGAUACUUUACUUUUUCAAUCAACUUUGAAUUGAAUUUUGUUUGACUUUAUUUUUUCCUUCCACCAACAACAUCAACGAAAAAAUGGAUUUAGCCAUAGCACAAGAAGCAUCAACAACUCAUCAUGUUCAACGUAACGAAUCAUCAUCAUCAAAUUUACGUAAAAUUUCCAAUGAUUCAUUAGGAACUGAAUCAAUUUAUUAUCUGGAUCCAUCCGAACAUUUUCGUCCAGAACAUAAAACAGCUGAAGAAUAUCGUAUCUAUACUACUAAUCAGGAUGAUUAUAUCCAGAAACGUGUUUUCGAAACAUAUCGUUUAAUGCAUACAAAUCAAACAUUAGAAUUUGCCCGAGAACGUUUAAAUUAUUGGACACGUUUUGAUAAAUUAAAAAUGACCAUAAUGGAUGCAUUGGAAAAAUUGAAUUGUUUAGUUGAUGAAUCUGAUCCGGAUGUCGAUUUGCCAAAUAUAAUACAUGCAUUUCAAACAGCCGAACGUAUACGUGAAGCACAUCCAGAUUUAGAUUGGUUUCACCUAACCGGAUUGAUACAUGAUUUGGGUAAACUGAUGGCCGUAUAUGGUGAACCACAAUGGUCAGUUGUUGGUGAUACAUUUCCAUUAGGUUGUCGUAUUGCCAGUUCAGUUGUUUAUGCUGAUCAAACUUUCCAAGAUAAUCCGGAUACAUCAAAUCCUGAUUAUAAUAGUGAAUACGGUAUUUAUGAACCAAAUUGUGGACUAAAACAAGUUGUUAUGUCAUGGGGACAUGAUGAAUAUAUGUAUCAAAUAUUGAAAAAUCAUCCGGAUUGUUCAUUACCUGAACAAGCAUUCUAUAUAAUACGUUUUCAUUCAUUUUAUCCAUGGCAUACUGGUGGUGAUUAUUAUCAUCUUUGUUCAAAACAUGAUUUACAUAUGUUACCAUGGAUUCGUGAAUUUAACAAAUUUGAUUUAUAUUCAAAAACACCUGAAAUUCCUGAUAUACCAAAAUUAAUUCCAUAUUAUCAAUCAUUAAUUGAUAAAUAUAUACCUGGUUUGGUUAGCUGGUAAAACAAACAUCUUUGGUUAACCUAACCUAAUUUAUCACCAUAUAAAUCAUUCAUAUUCAUAUUCAUUUCAUCAUCAUAUCAUUUAUGGUUGGAUUAUUAGUGACGACGUCAUUUUUUUAA